AUGAUCCAGCUCCAAAAGGCAGUGGCCGACAAUCCGGGCGAAAACCGCAACCCUCGUCCGUCCCACAGCGAGUGCGUUGUCAGCAAUCAAGGGAUGCUAUUUUUCACGCACGGAGGUUGUGGCGUGAAGAAGAAGAACGCCCAGCAUCACAUCAUCCAGAUCAGCACCACCACUCUUGAUUUUGCCCUCUUAAAUUCUUUCCCAAACUCAAAUAUGGUACGAACAAAACAAACUGCUAGAAAAUUCACGGGUGGCAGGGCCCCUAGAAAGCAGUUAUCAUCAAAGGCAAGGAGGAACCUUCCUCGACAGUUUCACGAUCAUGCUGGUCGGGCGUAUACGGUCCUCUGCCCCUUCGCGACGUCUGGCAGAUCAGUUCAAAAGUUGGGAAUCCAACUCUAUCUUCUGGGGGAGCGUACAGAUUCUGAAAUUGAGGCCUUUGCUGAGAAAUUUAUACAUUGCGCAGGCAUCGAGGGUUGGGCGAAUGCCUCAAAUUACUGGCCCCGGGUUGACGCGUAUGCAGGUUUUAAAACUGUCGAGGAAUGCAUCGAACACCAUAGAAAAGAAAAGAAAUUUCGGAAAGCAGCUAUUGAGAACAUGAGGCGAGAUGCAGUCGCGGGCCUCUCGGAGGAGGCUGCAAAUGAGAAGCUGCUCAACGAGAUUAGGGGCAGAGAGCCACUACCGCAUAUCAUACCAUCUUGGUGCCCAUCAGACGCGUUUUGGAGAGAGGGUGACUACAAAGACAGAUAUCGAAGCUGGAUCAUUGUCGUUGAAGCAGAUCGACUAUCCUGGGAAGAUGUGGUGGAACGAGGCUUGCUUCAAGUACGUUUCGAUCUUGACGUAACCCCCCAAAUGGUCACCGAAAGCUGGUGCGAAGGGGUGGAUACCGAUAGCUGCUUGGAGAAAGACAAAGAGGGUUGGGUCUUCGUAGACUGGACCGGGAAUGAAAAGUCAAAGCCAAUCGACAGACGGCUCCUCUGCGUCAGAGACCAACCUUACCGCCUCAUGGAUUUAAGUGACAAACCCCCCGAGGAGAUCGCAAAGAUGAUGUAUGGAUGGGAAACUCCUGGGUCAGACGCCCGUCUGUUCGAUGCUUGGUCGUCUUAUACUAUUUGUCUCCGGGAUUGUACCUACCGGGGCGUCUCCUGCUAUGCAUGCGACAAUGACGAAGAGCACGACCUUUGCGAGCAGGACCUGGACGAACAUUAUUUUGAUGAGGACGGACAAUGUAUCGCUUGCCGAAGGGCAUCUGAGUAUCGGCGCCGAAGCAAAAGGAUCGCUGCCAAGAAGACCGCAUCCAGUUGA